CAGCAGAUGGGGCAGAUCAAUGCGCACAUUCCAGGCUCAUUGUAACUGUAGCGGCAUGUGAUUUCUGCCCGAAAUGUCCCAGCGCUGGAUACAGUAAAAUGCAGUGAAUAUGGUGGCACUUGGAAAUACGGAGCUCUACCCACAAUUGGCUUUGCAGUUACUUUUAAAAUUACUAACACGGGGUGAAACCGCGGCGGUCUCGGCUGUUUCAUUGAGGUGACUACAGAGCCAUGAGGUCCUCAUCCUCGCGUUUAUCAAGUUUUUCCUCAAGAGAUUCAUUAUGGAGCCGGAUGCCGGAUCAGAUCUCGGUAUCCGAGUUUCUCUCGGAGACGACGGAGGAUUACAAUUCCCCCACGACAUCAAGCUUCACCACCCGCUUGCAGAGCUGUCGGAACACGGUCAGUGUUCUGGAGGAGGCUUUGGACCAGGACCGAACAGCUUUACAAAAGGUCAAGAAAUCCGUAAAAGCAAUCUACAACUCGGGUCAAGAGCAUUUGCAGAAUGAAGAGAAUUAUGGGCAGGCAUUGGACAAAUUUGGCAGCAACUUCAUUAGCCGAGAUAACUCUGAUCUGGGAACAGCCUUCAUCAAGUUCUCAAGCCUCAUCAAGGAGCUGGCCGCUCUGCUCAAGAACCUGCUUCAGAGUCUCAGCCACAAUGUCAUCUUCACCCUGGACUCUCUGCUCAAAGGAGAUCUGAAGGGAGUGAAGGGGGAUCUUAAAAAGCCUUUUGACAAGGCCUGGAAAGACUACGAAACCAAGUUCACAAAGAUUGAGAAGGAGAAAAGGGAACAUGCCAAGCAGCACGGCAUGAUCCGUACAGAGAUCACCGGCGCAGAGAUCGCAGAGGAGAUGGAGAAGGAACGACGAAUCUUUCAGCUGCAGAUGUGUGAGUACCUGAUUAAAGUGAACGAGAUAAAGACCAAGAAGGGAGUGGACCUCCUUCAGAAUCUCAUCAAGUAUUAUCAUGCACAGUGCAAUUUUUUCCAGGAUGGCUUAAAAACCGCUGAUAAGUUGAAGCAGUAUAUCGAGAAGUUAGCUGCUGAUCUCUAUAAUAUAAAACAGACUCAAGACGAGGAGAAAAAACAGCUGACUGCUCUUAGAGAUCUCAUCAAGUCAUCCUUACAACUGGACCAGAAAGAGGAUUCUCAGAGCAAGCAGAGUGGCUACAGUAUGCACCAGCUGCAGGGCAAUAAGGAGUUUGGCAGUGAGAAGAAGGGCUAUCUCUUUAAGAAGAGUGAUGGGAUCCGUAAGGUGUGGCAGAGGAGGAAGUGCUCUGUGAAGAAUGGCAUCCUCACCAUCUCUCAUGCCACAUCCAACAGGCAGCCAGUGAGACUGAAUCUGCUGACCUGCCAGGUUAAACCCAGCGGAGAGGAUAAGAAAUGCUUUGACCUCAUCUCCCAUAAUCGAACAUAUCAUUUCCAGGCAGAGGAUGAACAGGAGUUUGUGAUAUGGAUCUCAGUGCUAACUAACAGUAAGGAGGAGGCUCUGAACAUGGCAUUCCGUGGCGAGCAGAGUGCUGGAGAUGACAGUUUGGAAGACUUGACCAAAGCCAUCAUCGAAGAUGUGCUACGCAUGCCCGGGAAUGAAACCUGCUGUGACUGUGGCGCGCCAGAGCCUAAAUGGUUAUCCACUAACCUCGGCAUCCUGACAUGCAUCGAGUGUUCAGGGAUCCACAGGGAAAUGGGAGUCCAUAUUUCACGCAUCCAGUCCAUGGAACUUGACAAACUAGGCACUUCUGAACUCUUGCUGGCUAAGAAUGUGGGUAACAGUAGUUUUAAUGAAAUAUUGGAAGGGAGUCUGCCGAGUCCAUCACCAAAGCCAACACCAUCAAGUGACAUGACAGAGAGAAAGGAGUACAUAAAUGCGAAGUAUGUGGAGCACAGGUUUGCUCGCCGGACAGCCACUACAGCAACGGCCAGACAGGGUGAUCUAUAUGAAGCCGUGAGGACUCGAGACCUGAUGUCCCUUAUUCAGCUCUACGCUGAUGGAGUGGAGCUCAUGGAUCAAUUUCCAGAAGCUGGACAGGACCCAGGAGAAACUGCUUUGCACUUUGCUGUGCGGACAUCUGACCAGACCUCACUGCACCUGGUGGACUUUCUUGUCCAAAAUAGUGGAACUCCAGACAGACAGACGGAUAGUGGAAACACUGCUCUGCAUUACUGCUGCACAUAUGAGAAGCCAGAGUGUCUAAAACUGCUGCUCAGGGGAAAGCCAUCUAUUGACCUAGUAAAUCAGAAUGGGGAGACAGCUUUGGACAUUGCCAGGCGACUGAAAAAUUCACAGUGUGAAGAGCUACUGGUGGAGGCAGCAGCCGGAAGGUUUAAUCCUCAUGUCCAUGUGGAGUAUGAGUGGAAUCUGCGGCUGGAGGAGGUUGAUGAGAGUGACGAUGACCUAGAUGACAAGCCCAGUCCAGUGAAGAAGGAGCGUUCUCCGCGACCUCAGAGCUUCUGUCAUUCCUCCAGUGUGUCUCCUCAGGAGAAGCUGUCUCUGCCAGGGUAUUUAGGACACAGGGACAAGCAGAGACUUUCCUACGGAGCUUUUGCCAACCCAGUCUACAACACCUCCACCGAUACACCCGCAUCUCCCGUAUCGGAGGGCCCUACAAUAGCUAGCAAGACCAUUGCAAAAGCUCCAUCCUCUGGACCGCCCACCUCCCUGCCACUGGGAUCUCAGUCAAGUGUAGGAGGCAGCUCCACACUAUCUAAGAAGAGAGCGCCUCCUCCACCGCCCGGACACAAGCGCACCCUCUCAGAUCCCCCAAGCCCUAUACUGCAGGGCCCCCAUAGCAAAGGAAGUGAGUCCACACCUUCUUCUGCAAACUGGACAUCCCCUGCUAAUAAGUUUGAGGGAAUUCAGCAGCAGCAAAGCACUACAUCUAUGAACGCAAAAGCAACAUUUGGCCCACGAGUUCUUCCCAAACUACCUCAAAAGGUGGCACUACGAAAGAUUGACACAAUCCACCUCCCCUCUGUGGACAAGUCCAGUCAGGUCACUGAUGUGCUGCAGAAACCCCCACAGGCCCAGGACACACCCUCCACCAGAGCUUCAGAUCCAAUAACUAGACCCACAGAGCCUCCGCCUAAAAUACCACAACCCGCAGAACGGUCCCAGCCUCUUGAGGUGCCUCAGAAACUGCACGUCUCAGACCUUCCCCCUAAACCACAACUAUCGGAUCUUCCCCCAAAACCACACUUGUCAGAUUUACCUCCAAAACCUCAGCUCUCUGACUUACCACCGAAACCACAGCUUAAGGAUCUUCCCCCUAAGCCACAGCUCUCUGACCUCCCAUCCAAGCCUUCAUUGUCUUCAGCAGCAGAGCCCACACAGAGGCAACCAACACAGGAAGAAAUAAGUCCAAAGCCCGAGCUGACAGAGGCACAGUCAUUCAGUCAGCAGGAGGAGCUUUCUCCCAGACAGGCCAGUGAGGACACAAAUGGUGCACCGGCAGGAGCUAUGGAGAUACCAGUCCCUAUGCCACGCAAAAUCAACACAGUAGGAAAAAACAAAGUCAGGCGCGUGAAAACCAUCUACGAUUGCCAAGCAGAUAAUGAUGAUGAGUUGACCUUCGUGGAGGGAGAAGUUAUAAUUGUUACAGGAGAGGAGGACCAGGAGUGGUGGAUCGGGCACAUAGAAGGGCAACCCGACAGGAAAGGUGUCUUCCCAAUGUCCUUCGUACACAUUCUGUUAGACUGACAGAAUAUAAUGGGCAGGCAUGAAGCUCUCUAACUAGCACAAGCUCUGUCUCUCUGGCCUCACACUGGACUGUGGGCAUUGCCUCUGUAAAUAGCUGCUGAAACCCAAACAGAGUCUUCAGACAAACAAAACAUGAAGUAUCAAACCCAUGCUCCCUUAAUCCUCAAGGGUGAAAUGUGUAAACUAUGUGUUGUUCAUAAACUGUGUUAUCCUGCCUACCAGUAUUAUCGUAGCCAUGGCAACCCAGCAUGCCAAACUGGGUUUGCAGUAGCUAUACUUGGAAUCUAGCACUUAACAUGUAUGCUGUAACUUUGUGUAUGUGUACACAUAUAGAAUUAUAUGUAUGUCCAUUUAAAUUUUUAAUCUUAAUUUUUAAUUUUUUUACAUACAUAUGCACAGAUGUAAGUGUAUAUUUAUGUAUGUAUAAUGUGUAAGUGUGCAAAUGUAUGUUAUCCCUGCUUGCUUAUGGAGCCAGAGUGACUCUAGACAUUUUAGUGUACUGUUUUAAAAAAACAAACAAAUCAUCUCUUCAACUUUUAGAAGGAGUAAAUGAUGAUAAGAGCAAAAUACAAUUAAGUUACAUAAAUACUAUAUCAGUCCCAGCAUAGUGGCAUGCUGAUCAGGGGUCAUAACCAAAAUGUAAAGGUUUUAAACAUCUCAUCUCCAAUAAAUACACAAUCAAAAUAUGUAUUCAUUCAGGUUGCAUUGCUUUUCAUAUUGGUGUGACACGAAAAAAACGGAAAUCGUCUUGGUUACUCAUGUAACCUUGGUCCCCUGAAAGGAGGGAAUAGACACUGCAUCAGAAGCAAACACUAUGGGGGAAUUCAUCAGGAGUUGAGACUUUGAAACCGUAUACCAUCUCGCCAAUUCAAGUGGCAUGUAAAGCUUAGCACUCUGCCUAUGCUGACGACAUCUUGAGCCGUAUACAUAAUGGCAUAGCACUGAUGUGCAAUGCCUACUAGCCAUUAUUGGCUUGUCAAAAGCAUUGCUGUAGCCACACCUUCAUAUUGAGAAAUAAGAGGUGGGGACAAUAAACCAACAGCUCGAUGCCAAGACAGAGACACUGUGCUGAGUCAGGACGUGAAGCUUUGAUGUCUGACCAACAGGCUCUAAGAGCCAAGAGGACUGCAAGCAGUUUCGGGCAAUUUAUGUGCCACACAGUUUGUGCACCUUUCCAGGUGCCAAAUGCCAGACGUCCUAGCACAAGGCUCCCCAGCCUGCGUUGGAGGCAUCUGUUGUGACAACUUUGCAUCUGGCCAUCUUGGCAAAUAUCACACUUUUCCAAUAAAACUCAGUUUUCCUCAAUAGCGUGUCACUAUGAGGCGAAGGUAACCAUGUUGCCAAGUGUGUUGAAGGACCCUUUGACUGAGCCUGCACUGGAGAGGUCUAAUCUGUAGCAAGCCUAGCAGGGCUAUGGUGGCUGCAGCAGCUAUCAAGUCAAACACUCGCUGUUACUGACGCAUUCAAGUGUAGGAGAAUGGAAUGAACAUGUUUGUUGGUCUGGUGCCAACAUGUUUACCAAUUUGAGUUUCAUUCCUAGGAAGGAAACUAGCUAACUGGGCACUCACACACACUUUUCCAGUUGCCAUUGAGUCCCCAAUGAGCUAGCAACAGGUCUCUGUGCUUGCACGCUUGUACCUUGGAUUAAGCUAUCAGCAACCAAUCAUUGAGGUAACAUGAAAUCAGCUCCCCAAACCAAUUUAGUGGACGGACAUGAGACAAAAUCGGUCUCUGAGUUACUACCUUGAAUGGAGACUUUUAAGUGUCAAAUUCAAGUGCCUCAAAUCCAGUAUGGACCCCAGCCCACCGUUCAACUUGGCGACCAGAAAAUUAACGGCUGUAGAAGCCGUUCUUUCCCUCGCACGACAUACUUCUUCUAUCGCAUCUUUGGCGUGGAGGUAUUGUACAUCUGAGUGUCAAAUCUGCAAAUCUCACACUGUGCUGUGGAGGACAGAAUGCCAUUGAGGUGAUGGGUCACUUUACGUAGCACAUGGCCGUUCGACUGUGUUCAGUCUGUGAUCGCUGGUGGCUGAAUGGCACUACCCAUCUGGGUGGCGGUCGCUCAGUGCAACAGAGUCUUCUCAGCUGGAUUUUGCUCACUUUAGUCAACAUGUUUGUGCAUCAUGCAGCCGCUACGAGGUCUGUCAGUCGUGCUGGGGCAUGGCAGAGUUCUGGCAUACAGAACAGCAAAGACUGAAAGCGAGAAGAGAAUUUCUGACAAUUUUAGCCAGGGGUGUCAUUCUACUGACACCAGGUCACCCAUAGUCCUGCCAGUUUCCUGGGCAGAGAUCUUGGUGACCGGGGUGCCAGUUCGUGGCAUGGUUUUAACAAACACCACAAAGGUGGCUGCACUACAUACGUCAAGUCAAAACGUGCCAUUCUUGACAUGGUAAACACUUUUUUUUUAAAUGACAGGGCUCUUUCCAGCUUGAACCUUGUCAAAACAAAGAGUGUGGACUGAACACGUUAGUCGGUCACGUGUGCCGACAUGGCAACCAAAUCGAGUUUCAUUCUUUAGAAGGAAAGACUGGGAACCAACAUGCUCUUUAUCCAGUUGCCCCUGUUUUUAAGGGUCAAGUGAAAACCUCAAGCAGCUCAGUUUCUAAUAAUUAAGGUAUAAAUAAAAAGGACUCAGCACAAGGAUCAGCAUCUGCUCCAUGAACAAGACAAAAACAACUUCAAGAUUGUGGAAUAGAGUUACAAAUGCACCAUUUCUGGACUGUUUUGUUUAGACUAGAGGCCUGCGUGGGACUGUUUUUUCCAUCCUGCUCCAGCAAGUUUCUAUCCCGCACCCAAAAGCUCCCGCUGAAUUUAACUCCAUGUUCACCCGCUCUCUGCCCACAGUGAUUUUCUUUCCGACUGCUCCCGUUCCCGCAACCCCGCAUUUGUUUUCCACAUAUAGCAAAAGCCAUACAAAUAGAUGUGUAUACAAAGAAUAUUCAAUUUUUGCUAUUAUCAGAUGACGUGUGAAAAUGACGCCAAUUUGACUCGCCUGAAGUUGGUUUCUUAACAUUCUUUUUCUAGUUCGAGUUUCACAUGCUUUGAUGACAAAGUGGGCACUUUGAUCUGCCAAUCUAUGAAAGCCCCGUUGACUACCUGCAUGGCUGCCUACUCUAAAUAUUGGAUAAUUUAAUACACAAGCUGUGUGCAUUUAUUCUACGUUAUAAAAAAACCCCAACUAUUAUAAUUUUUUUUAUUCAUUAACUAAUAGAAUAAAAAAGAGAUCCAUAUCGGAUGUUUCAGGCUAUUCUCUGACCGCCGCUCCUGUCCACAUGUCAUGUAAGUACCGUCCACUCCCGCCUUCAACUCGGAAAUGUAAUCCCGUGCUACAAGAAAUCUAAUCGGGUCCCACGGAUCCUGCGGGAAUGCAGACCUCUAGUUUAGACCCCUAUGAUAAGCCCACCGUUGGACCAAGUGUUUGUUCAGAUAGAUGUUCAAUCCAGCACAACUCCAGCUGAUGGAUUCUUGUGUUGUUAGUAUUGUAGCAUAUCAGUUGAUGCUUGAAAACAGUCAAAUGGCCACAUUUAAGUGAAUAAACUGGAUUCAGUCCUAAUGUCACAUUUAGGAUGUGUUUUGCCACAUACCUUGUUUUUUAAUUUUUGUCUGUGUUUGCUGCACUGUAAAUUCAGUCAGAAAGAAAACCACACUUGGUUAUACUGAAUAAAGAUUUAACGUUGAAACAA